AUGGGGUAUGAAGUGGAUGGAAAUACUCUUGAUACAUAUGCUCAACACCUUUUGAGUAUAUCGGUUGAUGAGAAAGAAGAAAGGUUUGGCACAUAUAAGGAGGAAAGUCUAGACCUACAUAAGAAACUCACCAAGAUCGAAAGAAAGAGGAAGGUCAAAAAAGAAGUAGAAGAGCUUGCAGAGAAAAUGAGUAUAACAAAGGAAGUUAUUCAAAAGGCUAGAGACAACAAUAUUCUGAAAGAGGAGGACAUGAAGCCUGUCCCUCCACCCAAGCCACAAACCAAGUCAACUGGUGGAGAUGAGAAGAGAAAGAAAGGAAAGACACAAAGGGAAUAUGUUGCAGUCACUAUAGAGGAAGAGACAAAGUCUAAUGAAGCAGUGAAAGAGGUGAAGAAGACAACUACCUAUGCUAGGGUAGUGAAGAAGCCUCAAUCCGGUGGAGCCCAGCUGAGCAAGAAACCAAGAACUAAAGCUGAGCCAUCCGGUAGAGCCAGAUUAAGAAAGAAGCCAAAAUAUGAACUUCAUAAAGCUCUGAAAUCCAGUAAAGUAGAAGGUACUUAUACUAUUGUGCCCCCAAUGACAUUAAGUGAAAUAGUUGAUGAAGUGGUUGAAGUUGAUAGAAUGCUAAAGAUUGCAAAAGAUAGAUUGAGAAUAGAAAAGAGAGUGAACAAGAUUAUGCUUGGGAAGAUAGAUGAAGUUGUCAAGGAGACAAAAAUAAUCUUGAAACAAUUUUUGCAAGAGCACAUAUAUGAGGUUAAUCCGAAAGAUCAGUCAAUAGAGCAAACCAUUCUGAAAGGGAAGACAAAUGAACACACUACAGUUGUUGAUGAUCAGAAUGUUGGAAUCUCUGAUGAAGCUGGACAAAAUCCUCCGAUGAUAGAGGUUUAUUUAGAAAAGGCAACUGAGGAGAUUGGAGAUGGAAAAGGAGAAGUUUAUGUAGGAAAGGAAGUUGAUGAUGAAAAGGAAGAAGUUGCAAAGGAAGAUGAAAAUGCAAAAGUGGUAGAGAAGGAGAACAAGUUCUAG